UCUGACUGAAUACCUUUAAAGUAUAACAUACCUAGAACAGCUAGAUAAUAUUAUACCCUCGUAGGAGGUUCAUUCUACGCAUUCUGGGUAGGUGGCAGAAAUAAAGCAUAUUCUGAUUAAGUACAAGAACUAAGUACAAGAACAAAGACAAGUUCCUAGCAUUGUGACAAUCUCUUACUCUAUUAUAGCCAAUUCCCUGAAGAUAUGAUUGAUUUUUGCUUUCAAAUUGUUGACCCUUACCUACUAACUUAUUGCAAAGCUAUGCAUGCAAGAUGGAUAAACAAACAGCUAGCACUGGACUGGUCAGAGUCUACUUGAGGUCUACUUGACUGUCUGAAACAGUCAACUGAAGACAGUCAAGUAUCAAAUAUAUCAAAUGAAUAAUUUGCUGCUCAAGCUGUCUUUGGAUUAAGAAGCCAAGACUGUCAACCCAACAAAGUAUGAGCAAACUAACUAUGCACCCUGGCAUGGCAAACUGCUGUUACAAAGUUGUUGAGGAAGAUAAAGAAAAUCACGACGAUGAUGAUGAUGAAGAUAUCCUGUCUUUCAGUACUCUCUCUGCAGCUAUUCUUUGCUCUAUCUCUAGGUGCUCCAUCUCCAUUCAGCCAAGUGGAGAAUACUCUCUUGCUCUCAGGGACAGCCUCAACUACACUAAUUUGUCGCUUUUUUGGAGGGAGUUCCAACACAAUCAAGUGGCAGCGUGAUGGACAAGAGAUCUCUGUGGAUAAUUUGAAGUAUCGAUCGUUGUAUAACACAAGAUCUAGACUGGAGAUCAAGAACAUCUCCUCGAGUGAUGAAGGAGUGUACAGUUGCUCAUAUGAACGGGAUGGUGUAAGAAGCAAAUUUGAUAUUGUUUACAUCUACGUUUUAGGUGCUGCACAGUUUUUCUCUGCUAAUACUACCACAAUUGAUGUGUGUCGUGGAGAGGACGCAGCACUGGACACUAGAGUCAUGUACACUGGAGCUGGGCCUAGCAACUGUAACCAAACAGUCACUGUGCUACAUCUGUUCAGAGUGGUCAAUGGCGUCUUGGCACCGUUGGUGUAUUUUUGUGGUGAUGAAGGUACCGGAAAUGGCGUCCCUUGUCCUUCAACGUCAAAAGUUAGUGCUACAAGUGGAACUUACAAGUACGAUCUCUCUUUGAGCCUCAAGAACCUUACGAUUAAAGAUGGUGGACGAUAUCAAGCUCGUGUAGAAUUACUUCGUCCUGGGGUUAGCAGCAGAUUGUAUAUUAGGAAGGAGUUCAUCAUUCAAGUGUAUGAACCAAUUGAGGUGAAUGUGUGGAGAGUGGAAAAUUCUCUUCACUGCCGAGUACCACUCAAUAAUAUGGAUUUCAAAUUAUUGAGUUUGAACUGGCAGAACUCAAAAGGAGAAGGCCUCUCUUCGGAUGGCAAUGUGCAACUGAUCACAGGAGUCAACUCGAAUGAAAUCUCCUUAACUGCCGAGUUUGAGACACUCUUUGAUGGUAACUAUUCGUGUGUUGUUACUGUGAGCUUAUCCAGAAGCCCUGGGGUCAACAAAACUGUCAUAUCUAUUCUGACAGUCAAGAGUGGUGUCACUGGCGGAGAAAAUGAAACCUCCAGUAUAUUUCAGAUAACUAUCGGCCCUGUAUCAUCAGUGGAAUGCUCAAUAUGGUAUGAUGCAGACAAGUCUGCUGCCAUGGAGGCAACCAUCAGAAGGGGCAUCGCAAUCUCAGUCUCACAACAUUGCAACUGUGAAGUAACUGCCGAGGACUUUGCAACUGGCCGGCUCAGUUGUAAUGGUGACUGGCUCAUCUACAGAAGCUCUGUGCAGAGCAUAGGGAGAGAGGAAGUACUUCUUUCUGGGAUUGAUGCGUGGACUACUGUCAGAGAUGGUGUACCAAGCAUUGCCCUGGGCAUUUUUGAUCUGCAAGUAAACACUACAUGCAGUGGAAGCAGACUAAUAACUUGCUAGUUUUGAUUAUUAAUUUUAGUGAAUUUUAGGCCAACUUCAUGAUAUUCCUGACUUCUUGAAUUCAUUUUUUUGUAACACAAAAUUAAUUAUCAUUGAUGAAUCAUUUGAUCAACCAA